AUGGCCGGGAACUGUUUUCGCCGGUUCUGGUGGUGGCUCCCGUUCGCGAUCCUAUCCGGGUGCUUCCUCCCCGCGGUGGUCGUCGAAGCCGGUCGUAUUUCGUGCACGUCCACCUUCCUCACGGAGGCAGCGCGCGACGGGCGGUCCGACGCGGACGUGAUAAUCUUCCUGGGCGAGAGAUGCGACGGGGAGAUCAACAUCACCGAGAUACAGGAUCACUUGGAGCGCGCGCCCAAUCUGGCCGGCGAGCUCUCGAUCAGCGUGAUGCCGCGAUCUCUGACGUGUGAGACGGAAACCGCGGGCCUCGGCGCGCUGAUCCACGCUCUCGGCGAGAGCAACACGAAGGCGGUGAUAGCCGCGCUCGACAGCUCGAUCUGCGAGGUCGCCGCCAAACUCGCGCAUCUUGGGAAUAAGCCGCUGCUAACUUGGACUUGUCCGCUGAGAGAUUUAAAGGAAAGGGAUCUAUCCUCGAUCAUUAGGCUGUCUCCGUCAUUACCGUCGAUGGCCGAUGCUGUAACGGAAAUAUUUCUGCACUUGCAGUGGAAGACCGCGGCCGUUAUCAGUAUAGAUCGCGAACCGUGGUCCAGCCUGGACCGUGCCGUGAUCAAUGCAUUCCGAAGGCUCGGCGUCGUUCUGCGGUACCACCUGAUUCUACCCCAUCGCGCCACCCUCGAGCAGAUCCGCAGGAUUCUAAGGUCCAUGCACAGCGUCUCCCGUCGUGCCACGGUGCUCUGUCUACCACUGCUCGACGAGAUGACGAGCCGCGUUCUGAUCGAAUUGAACGUCGCGUGGCAAACGCACAUCCAGAAUUCCGUCAUUCUGAUGAUCCACACGGAGGAUAUCGACCCCUUUCUACCGACAGACGACUCGCCCGCGCCGCCCACGUCGCUCCCCACCGAACCGUCGACCUUGGCCCGCUCCGCGAUUACUCAGUCUUCCAAUUUUUCUACCUCGAAUGUAACUCGCGCCGGCCCGUACGCGACCCCGGAUAGAGACGAGAGGAUGCAGAUGGUGCAGCGGACCGCGCGAAGAUUCGCCCCACCGCGGAAUCUCAGCAGCACCACGUUGGAGAAUCUACUUGUGAUCGCGCCGCUUGAUCAGAGGUACGACGUGAAGAAGGUCCUCAACGGCACGCAGGAUUACGCGACGCUGGCGUUGCUCGAUCGACUGAACGAAUCGCUGACCGUGCUGACACGCGACAACAGCAGUCUCGACAGCCACAACAACAAAAUGUACACGUACGCCCUGAUGAACUGGCGUGACGCCGGCUGGGAGCCGAUCCUUGCGGUGGUCGAGCGGCACCAGCAGCUGCUGGUCCAGCAGCUGACGCCAAGCGCGGUGGCGUUUCUCAACGUCGAGGCGCCCGAUCUGCCGUCUUGCGACGUCGACGGCGAUUGCCCGAAUGGCUUGGCCGACAUGUCUUUCCGUACCACACAUAUCGUAGCUAUUAUUCUGGGGUCGCUGCUGUUCACCUUUGUCGUCAUUGCCGUCGCGAUUAUAAUCCGGAAGCGGCUGCUUAAAAAAAGGAUGUCCAAGGGUCCGUACAAAAUCAUUCUAACGACGUCGGACUUCGUUUUUCCUCAAGUGCCUCCAGUAGAUUCGAGAACGGUAGACGAGGGCAUCGAGGCGAUGCUGUGCUGCUGGCUGCAGCAGCUGCAGGAGUUCGGCGGGCCGGAAGUCGAGAAGCCGGAUCUGCUCCAGCUCGGGAGCGUCAACUCGCUGAGGCCGUACCUGCAGGCCAGCGGCGGCAACAUACCGCGGCACACCUUCUUCAAGGAUCCGCGUGCUAGAUAUAACGGUGACUUGGUACAAUUGAAGGAGCUGCCCUUUCAAGGUACGUUCGAACUGAAGAACAAGGCCAUGGACGUGCUGGUCACGAUCCACGGGCUGCGACACGAGAACCUCAAUCCCCUGAUUGGAUGCCUUAACGAACCUACGAGACCCUGUCUAGUGUCGGAGUACUGCUCUAGAGGCUCCUUGGAGGACGUACUCGUCCAGGACGAGAUUAAACUCGACUGGUCCUUCAGAUUAUCCUUGCUCACCGAUCUCGUACGGGGCAUGAAAUAUCUUCACGGCACUCCGAUACGCGUCCACGGCUAUCUCACGUCACGGAAUUGCGUGAUCGAUGCGAGGUGGGUCUUGAAAGUCACCGAUUACGGGUUGCCUGCAUUUUAUGAAGCUCAGAACAUAGUGCCGCCGGUGAAAACAGCUCGAGACCUGUUAUGGACCGCGCCGGAGCUGCUUAGGCAUCCGAAUUUACAGAAAAAGGGAACCCAGCCGGGGGAUGUUUACAGUUUCGGAAUUAUCAUGCAGGAAGUCGUUGUUCGCGGAGAACCAUUUUGUAUGCUCGCCCUAUCUCCGGAAGAUAUAAUCGAGAAAGUUAUGAAGCCACCGCCCCUGAUCAGACCGUCGGUCAGCAAAGGCGCCGCGCCACCGGAAGCCAUAAACAUUAUGCGCCAGUGCUGGGCGGAAACUGCUGAAAUGAGGCCCGACUUUGACGACGUGCACGAUCUCUUCAAGAAGCUAAAUCAUGGGAGAAAGGUAAACUUCGUGGACACGAUGUUUCAAAUGCUCGAAAAAUACUCGAACAAUCUGGAGGAACUCAUUCGCGAGCGAACGGAACAGCUUGACAUGGAGAAGAAAAAGACCGAGCAAUUAUUGAAUAGAAUGUUACCUGGUUCGGUCGCGGAAAAGCUGAAGCUCGGCAUGCCUGUCGAUCCCGAAGAGUUUCGCGAGGUCACAAUUUAUUUCUCAGACAUCGUUGGCUUCACGACGAUAUCCGCGCGCUCGACGCCCUUCCAAGUGGUUGAUCUUCUCAACGAUCUGUAUACUUGCUUCGACGAUACGAUUAACGCGUACACAGUUUACAAGGUGGAAACUAUCGGGGAUGCCUACAUGGUUGUAGGCGGCUGCCCGGUGAGAAUACCAGAUCAUGCCACUCAAGUAGCAACUAUGGCGCUUGACCUGUUACAUCAGAGUGGAAAAUUCAAGCUAAAACACCUUCCGGACACGCCGCUCAGAUUACGCAUCGGUCUUCACACGGGCCCGUGCUGUGCCGGCGUGGUAGGUUUAACAAUGCCGCGUUAUUGCUUAUUCGGCGACACGGUGAACACCGCCUCGAGGAUGGAGUCGACCGGGGCGCCGUGGCGUAUCCAUUUGAGCCAGGCGACGAGGGAUCGAUUGACGCAGGUCGGCGGUUACCACAUCGAAUACCGCGGGCCCACCGACGUCAAGGGUAAAGGCAAGAUGCCGACCUACUGGCUGCUCGGCAAGCAGGGUUUCGACAAGGAGCUCCCCAAGCCGCCACCCCUUAGAGAGAACCAUGGGCUCGACGGCAGCCUCAUGCUGGGCGGCCACCAGAACGGAAUGCCGAGCGAGUUGAUGUGUCCGCCGCUACCGAUGAUCCCGUCGCAGGACGAGACGCACGAGGACGAGGAACUGGCGACUCCUGUCGAGGUCAAACCCGACCGUCAGGACUCCGUCAGCAGCGGAGUCACCAACGGCAGCAGUCGAGCCGCGUCCUUCGAGGAGGCCACCGGCACCAGGAAGGUCGCCGUGUCCGUGCACGACGAGCGCACGUUGUUGCCGAGCUACUCCCUGAAGUCCACCAGCGACUUCAUCGAGGUGCUGCAGGGCAAGCAGGACACGGGGGCGACGAGGACGGGCGAGGCGGCCCACGGCGGCAUGACCAAGAGCACGUCCGGCGACAACCAGGCCUCCCUCGGCGUGUCGUCCUCGGUAUCCAGUGUCGAACCGACCGCGUCGUUCCUCGGCGCGUCCACCAGCUCGCUCACGUCGAUCACCAGCUCGGCGGCGUAUCGACAGCCGCUGGCGAGGCAUCGCCGCUUCGCCGCCGGAUGCAUCGACGAGAACGACCUCAGCACACCGUACAAUCAUUACAGAUGUCUGUCGCCCAACGAGUCGCAUCACGGGAAGAGUCCCGGAUGUCGAAUGCUCAAGAGGCAGUUUAGCCUGGACCGUCCGGAUGAAUCGUCGGUGUCCAUAAUCCCGGAGCAGCCCCAGCCGCGGUUGACUCCUCGUCUCUACAAGCAAAAUAGCGCGGGCGCGGCCAACGACUUGGAGAGAAUCGAGGAAGUGCCACCGGCCACUCCUAAGUCCCUCCUUCAGAAUUACCGUCAUGCCGCUUCCGUAUCCCUCUCCGUCGAAUCCCUAUCGUUACGUUAAAAAAUCCCCCGUCGAGAGAAGUUUUUACGAGCAGAAAAUCGAACAUCGAUACGACGCGAGUCGCGAUACGUGAGCGUGUCGCGUUUGGAGCAGCGCACGAUUCACGCGCCAGUAAUUGAUAAAAAGUCGUGUGAGCAAAAGAUAUACGAAUUCGAGUUUUACGUCUAGCUGUAAGAAAACUACUUUUAAAAAAAAAAAGAGAUCUCUGUUAAAUCGAGAUUAGAACGUUGACGACCACCGAUCCUUGACGAGCACGACCGAGAUAAAGAAACGUCGACUCGAAAACUCGCAAUAAUUUGUCUUUGAGGAUCGGUAUCUUUAAAGACGCAUCCAUACGCGAAUGCGUAAGUGGACGAAUGGAUUGCCGUGACUCGUUGCUGCUCCGUUUGUAUUCUUAUCUGAGUGUGUAUAUUGUAUUGAUGUCUGAUAAUACCCGCGGGCAGGGGAUCGAACGAACGCAAUUUCGCGAUUAGAGAUUUAAUGGUUUUAGGCGUGUGUUAUGUAAAUCGUUUACAAAUCCUCGUUGGUGCAAAGGGAAACUUUCUAGGACUCACGAUCAAUCCGCUCUUUCCCCCCGACGUGUCUGUACCUGUCUCACAUAUUUCAACGUUUCAUCGAUGAACUAUACCGCUCAACGACGAUGUCAUCCACACGAUCUUCGAUCGCUGAACUAGGCGGCAUUCCAGGCAGCACAGACAUUUAACGAAUCCUCUUGGAUACCUAUCGAACGUUCAGACGACACGCGAUAUUCAGGAUUCUGAAUAUUCUGGAUGUCCAAGAGGUUCCACUAAAUUUCUAUGCCUCCACUUGAACUAGAUAUAACUCAAUUCCUUCAUUAGAACGUCGAAAUCUUAAGCAAAUAAUGUAAACUUCUCGUUUUCAGAUUUUUUCACAAUACUGCGUAAGAGCGAUCGUUUUUUACCUUGCAAGAAUUAAAAAUUGUCCCCCCCUCCCACAAUUAUCAACUGUUUAUAGUCGUCAACGAUCGUAUGCUCUCGUUAGAUGUACCUACUUAUAAAAUGAAGAUCUAAAGUCGGUUUUGCUGAGUGGAAUUUUAAUGUUAUAAAAUUUCCGCUUCCACGCAUUUCUCGUGGAAGGUAAGAAAGUUCCAAUUUCAUAAAUUUAACGUGGAUCUUAGGCUAUUAACGGAGGCAAGAGGCAGAUAACAAAAUAACACAAAAGAACAGAUAUUUAACUAAUUGAUCAGUCAUAUUUAUAAUUUUUUGCUAAAUAUAUCUCGAUAAAGAAAUUAUAUUCUUCAAGAAAGAAUCGUUGAAUAUAUUGCUCUCUCGUACAUGUAUAGUCUUUAUGUAACAAUUUACAUUUCGGUCAAAACUCACGAUGAACUAAUGAUGUCAAUCGAGAAAGAAAGUUACAUAGGAAGUAAUUAUCUACCAUCUCGCGAUUAUGGCAGCAGAGAAGUACUUCGUCGGUCAGCAGGUACGUAAAUAUAAAUGUGACUAUAAUAUUGUUGUUAUUUCCGGCCUAAUAAUUUCGUGAUGGAAGUCCGAAGGAACCCUUGAUCUUCGGUGUUGCGCGUUUUAUAAUAGCGAGUGGAUUAACGAGAAGCAUCCUCUUAAAGCGUUGCGCGAGAAAAAUGGACAAUUUAAUUAUGAAUAAAUAAAAACUUUAUCCACAA